UGAACCUCACAGAUUUGCAGUUCUCUCAAAAUUGAUUUGCAAAAGAGAGACAGUAGCCUCACUUGAAUGGUUCGCCGGCGAACGUUCUCAUGGCUUCCGUUGCUGCAUGCCUCUCCUGUCAGGAGGCCGCCGGUAAGCCAAGUUUUAGCCAGUGCUGUGCGUUCUCCUUGCUUUGCUGUACGUAGGCACACAUUAUACAAAACUCAGUGAGUUCGAAUUGAUAUAACUGUCUCACAAUGGAUACGUUUCCUGUGUCCACGAAAGCUGAGAGGUCGCAGAUUCAGAGCCCUGCUUCACCAGUUAGUGAAAUGUUCUCGGUUGUUAUACCGCAAUCGAGUGCUUCUGACCAGCCUGUGGCUUCAGCCGUACGCAUACAACCUGUUGCGUCUCGUGUAUCUACAACACACUGGGGUUUUAACUCCGACCAUCCCAGCGAUAGUGCAUCAGGAAUUACCAGCCGGGCUCAGACAACACCAGGAACAUUCCAAGGCCUGAUGUACCUGGGUCGGUGCGCUGUGAACCAGCCAACAAGCCAGAAAGAGUGCCAAGAUGUCAUGUGCCAGCUGGCUGGGGCCAAAGCACUGAAAGUGGACCUGGUUUUCCCGUGCGACACGAGCCACGCGUUUCACAUUGUCGACCAGCAGAAUGGCGAAGACUUGGCCGCGUUCCCCAUACGCGUCAUGGUGUCGUGCGUCCGCUCCACCAGUGAGCAAACGCCGGGCUACUUCGGCCUUUGCGUUGCAGAGAGACAGCCGAUUGCCACGGUGACCAAUCAACGGUUUUCCAGUGACCUGAUGGUGUAUCACUGUCACGUUCUGCAGACCAGCGAUCAGUCAAUGGUGUCGCGGAUUAUCGACUUGAUGGACGCAGUUUUCUGGAAUCAAUCGAUCAAGUGGUCCUACGGCAAGCCGUCCACCUCCGCAUCACCAUCGGACAAAACCGCCGCCGGCACGACGGAGCGGCCCAUCGAGGUGGCGUUUGACAUCCGGGAACAGUCGACGACGGCCAACCAGCUGAUUUCUGUGCCCCGGUCCUGCUGUGGUGGUGUGCUGGACCUUCAGCAUGGCGUUGAAAAGGAGAUUGUUGUGCUGGUCGUGCAGUCUUCAGCGCAACCCCCAUUGAUGCCUUCCAGAUGCGUAGGUGUUGCCAUUGCGGCUGGAUCUAAAGUCGGCCAGUCUGCCAUGAACCUCCUGGAGCCCGCUGUUCUAGAGCAGGUAGGCAGCACGUGGCAGUCGUUCUUGGUGCGUGCUCGGUGGGUGCCAAGUACGGAGCGAGACCUGCAGUUGAAUGAAGUGACGCAACCCGGUGAAACGAUAUGCAUGUCUAUUGCCGCGGAUGUGAUGUUUCCUGAAGUCGCAGACCCGUUGAGGUUCAUGAAGGAGAUCAACGUACGGGUGUGUGACACGCAUGAUCAGCUUGUGCGCUCCAUAGCCAUGUCUCCCGUGUUUGAUCUUCAUAAUGUCACCUUCCGGCCUGUUGACGAAUCGGCGGAAAGCGGCGAGGCACCACGCCUGGAGGUGGAGAAGAUCGACCUGUACAUCAACCAUCGCUCUGGCACUGCGCCCGCUCCCAUACCGCGAGGCGAUCGCUUGACCCUCACGGCCAGCUGUGACAGCAUCGUGCCGCCGGACGCCGACCGGUCCACUGGACUAGAGCUGCCGCGCAGUAAGUCUGCCACGCACGCAGCAAGCAACACGAGCAGCGCUACGUCUGCCCGAUCUCACGACUCCCCGGUGGACGCCGCAGCCCCAUCACCGGCCAUGCAUCGCCUCUUUGGCGGCAAGCGACAGGUGACCGGCAGCAGCCCCGAGCACGCCGCAAGAAAUACCGCCCCGCCUGCUAGUGAUGAAGUCCUGCUGUCCGGGGCUGGAGUGUCAGACAGACAGUGGACGUAUUUAGAGCGUAAGGAAUGGACUCGAGUCAUUGAUUUUUUGGACUGCGAAGAUUCCUCCCAGACGCUGCUCAAGGAUGUCAAAGAAAUGGUGCACAAGCGGGGCGUUCCUGAGGACCUGCGUGGCAUCGUAUGGCCGGUUUUAUGCGGCUGUCGUGGCGAGAACGACAAUGCCCUCUUUCAGAGCCUGCAGGAUAUGGAGAGUCGUGAUGAGAAGGUGAUCCGUAAUGACCUGCAUCGUACCUACACUGGCCAUCGGUUCUUCUGUGUGCCUGGUGCUCCUGGUCAGGCAGCCAUGUUUGCUGUCAGCAAGGGUUUGGAGACGAUAUUCCAGAUGGCCAUCGCACUCUUGAAGCUGAAUCGGCGUAACCUUCAGCAGCUUGAGUUUGAUGGCAUUCUGGACUACUUCCGUCACUUACCUAAGAACUACCUGAAUCCUGACCAAGUCAGCACUGUCCUAGAGACAUCAGCUAGUAUCAAGAUCUCGCCGCGUAAGAUGGCCAAGUAUGCCAAGGAGUAUGACGUCAAGGUGCUCACGGAGACGUUUGAGCAGCAGCAGAUCGAGAGGCUGCAGGUGACAGUGGAUCAGCUACAGACCACCAACCGUUCGCUGCGAGAGAAGAAUGUGCGGCUGCAGGAGGAAUCUGAAGGGUUGAUCAAGAGCAAGAUCGAGAUAAGACUGGACAUGGAUGAGCUUGAGCAGCGCAUGGCAAGCCUCGCCAAGAAGCACCGGGUGUUGCAGGACCAGUACAUGGAGUUGAUGCGGCGCACGCGUGUGCCGUCUAUCGAUUCGGAAAUAGAGCCGACAAUACCAAUCAAGAUUUCUUCUGAGGACACACCUUCGCCUAACCUUACUGAUCGAGACAGCGAGGACUCUGGCUUCAGCCCCAAAGAUUCCUCACUCUAGGCACUUGCUGCAAAUGUAGAUGAGAUCGGCAUUGGUGUACUGGGCCGACCAUGAUCGCUGUUCUUGUGACAUGAGGAGCAUAUUGUAUCCCGAGUAAUAGCCAUCAGUCGUAGCUACUAUGAUUCGUCUCACUCUCAUCUUGUCCACCGUCUUACCUGCAUGUCAUGUAGAUAUUCUCUGUUCCCAGUUAUAUUUUCCGUGUUCACUCUGUCAGUUUCCCGCGCUGGUGUCUCUCGUGAGCAGAGUGAGCACGCGCGCCUGUUUUUUAGUCCCGCUCUUUUAUCUCUCUUUUUUCCAGUCCACUUCCACCUGUUUGGAAGGUUCCCAUAGGUGUCUACGGAGCCAAAUCGAAUCGGUGUGUGUGUGUGUGUGUGUGUGUGUGUCACCUCUAUUCGAAUCAUUGUGCUUUUUUGUUUAUUUCCUUUCUGAGUCUGGUUUAUAUCAACCCUGUUCAAAUGGAGCUGAAGUUGACGUAGAAACCACACAGCAUGCUAUGUCAUGUUGCCUGGCAGUCACUACUUUCGUGUUGUUGUUUUUUGACACCCUUGUCCACAACAGGGUCUUUUUUCAAAUAUUCUAUAUCAUACUUUAUUACUCUGAUUUAUAUUCGGUCUCCAAUAAUGGUGUUUCCUCCGUUUUUUAUUUACGUUUGGCAUUCAUUCUGUCUUCUUUAUCUUGUCUCGUAGGCCACACAUUGGCACUCGCCUCGUCUUCGAUAUAUCGGUACAUUGUUGCCCUAGCUCUUCCAGUGCUGUCUCCAGCACAUAUCUUUGCGCUAAAACUCCGAAAUGUUAUGAACAUGUAUUUUGGUGCCGA